AUGAAGGAUGCGGUGAGGAAGGUAGCACUUCCCAGCCUUGCAUCCAGCAGCCGCAUCAGGCGCUCGGAUGAGUUCAAGGAAGAGAAAGGCACAAGCCGCGGGCUGACAAACCUGUGGCUCCCCGACGACGAGGAUCAGAGCCUUGCCACGCGGUCCCGUCUCCCAUGGCUGGCCCAUCUUGCUGAAGCGCAGACUUGGGCCCCCGCGGUCGAUCGGCUAUCUGACGAGAUCCGAGCUUUCGAACAAUAUGUCGCUCCGUCCGAGGAGGAGCAACUGGUGACGGAGCUCGCCCUCCAAGACUUGAUUCAAGCCAUCAAAUAUGCCGACGAGAAUCUCGACAUCGACAUUGUCGGCUCCCGAGCGACCGGCACCGCGGACGCCUUGUCAGAUCUGGAUGUCAAUGUCUCCAGACCGCGAACUCCCGCUUCAAUGGACAGCGCCAAAGCCCCCAUGGAGAUAUUGAACCUGCUCGAGAGGGCAUUCCGUGGAACGCAUGAAAAGAUCAAAUUGGACUUUCGGCCUCUUGAGGUCGUCUACAACCUCAAGAGUGCCAGAGUGCCUAUUUUGCUGUGUCGGCAUCGGUCAUCAGGUCUACCUAUCCAAAUUCAGUGCACGCCUCGAACAUACGACAGCACCGAAUAUGUCAAAGCAUUCCUGAAAGAGUAUCCCACUUUACGGAGCUUGUUCAAAGUUCUGAAGCAGUCUCUCCUGAUGCGCGGGCUCACCGUUGGUAGCCACGGUGGUCUGACGUCCUACCCUCUGCUCAACAUGAUUGUGGCAGCGCUAAAAUUCUCCGAGGGUAAAGUCCACCCGCUGGACGCCGGAAGACAGCUCUUGUCCUUCCUCGACUUGUAUUGCGAGCUCGAUUUCUCGUCCCAAGGCAUCUCCACCCGGCCCCUACGGUUCUUCCCAAAGCAUGGCGGCGGCAAGCAGAGGCCGUCUGACAGUGUCACACCAGAUGCUUCUUUGUUGGAGUUGUUCCCGCAGGAACUUGAGGGCCAGCGCAAGAUGAGCCUUUCUCGAGGUAAAUCUGGCUAUUUGAUGACGCUUCAAGAUCCCGCAAACCCGUUCAACGAUGUUGGACGGUCGGCAUACAUGAUCAAAGAUGUGCAGGCAACACUGAUCGACCUGAGAGCCAAGCUAAAUGAAACCAUGGCACAAUGGGAUCGAUUGAGCCAGGAUUCAGAGCCUUCCCGAGUCGCUUCACGGCCACAGGCGCUGCUGGAACCCUGCCUUGGUGCUGAUUACCGCAUCUACGAACAGGAGCGCAGUGACUUGCAGGCUCUCGGGCAACGGCUCCUGGGCCCUUCCAAGGCCACCAGAUGA